GCCGCAUGAUUUCCCAACGACCCUCCGGAAGAUCUUCCUAAAGUGCUGUCACACGCAGUGCAGCCCAAUGCAUUCUAUAAUGCAAUCACAUGCAGUGCAUUCCAAUAUUGACAAAACGAAGUCAACUCAAAGUCAGCUGGUCAGCUCAGCUCGGAGCUUAAGCGCCACUUUGGAAACUCUUGUCGAUAUCGGCACCAAAACUGAGUCAUCAGUCAGAAAGUACAUGAAGAUGCUCGGAGCUGAAGUGCCACUUUGGGAGGUUGGCCCGUUGUCGAUAGAUUGUUCUCCUGAGACUAUCUUGGACACAACAGCAAAGUGCAGAAAGCUCGCAGCUGAAUGUCGUAUAUCCAGACUGCGAAAGUCUCCGUUGUGCCACAUUAAAGGCAUGUCGGACAUUAGGGGUUUAGCGCGAUCGAAAUCGCGUUUAUGUCCAAACUCGAUGGUUCUAGGGUUUUAUCCGGCCUACAUUUAGCUUCCGCCAUGCGGCUACUCCCGUGGAACGUAACAUUGAUCGACAAAUGUUCAUAAUCGGCAUGGAUCAUCGAAUUUGCCGUAUUCAGGCAGCUGAUCUGCGACGCCGUUUCGCAUACGUGGGAACAAGCUCUGUGAUAAAAAAUCAAACAGCGUCCGAUUGGGAUCUUCCUGCAGAUAAAAAACUGCACAGAGACAGAUAGAGUGCCUGGUCAGCUCGGAUGAUGCGCAUAUACGACGAAUGUCUCAACGCUAUGCAUUCCACCGCAUUCAAUGGCGUAUUCGAGUUCCACUGCGUUCGGUAAUGCAAUGCAUUCCAUAGCGCUUCUGUCUUGCUCGGACCACUGUCUGUCUUGGGAGUUCCUCGCAUUGCUGUUGAAAGAAAGUCAAGGUCUACAAUAGCUCGACAAAGAGCGAACUUGGAACCUACAAGUAGACCAAGGUUCUCAGUUCCUCAGCAGCAGUUAUUAUCAUUUUCGUCCUUAAAACCUCAUCUCGCUCCAGUAACAAAGAGUUUCUGAGUAUUCGUCAAAUAUCGACCCCAUUUUAAGUUAAUAACAAUGGUCCACAUUAGUUUCAACCGUCGGUCUUUUGCCCUCAUUCCCGUGGCAUUAGUUAUAUGUGCGAAUAACGGCAUCGUUGCUGCUCAAUCGCAAUAUCCAAACCCAUUUGCGCCUUUCGCCACACCUGCACCAGCUGUUCAACCCGAUGAUGGGCCUUCGGCGUACCCAAACCCUUUCAAAAACAAUCAGACCCAGCCGGGUGCUGUAGACUCUGACCAAUCUUGGGCAGAUGGUAUCUGCCACAGCGAUCCAACCUAUGGUGCAGCGUAUGUUGGAGCUCGAGAUUCGAAUGGUGUUUGGGCUUGCGUGCUCCUGCCAGAGUCAAACAGGCCACAGCCUUGUUUUGGUGAGCCAUAUGUUGAUCCCAGAACUGGCCUGCAAGCGUGCCGCACGAAACCCACUACCAAUUGUCCUGGAUCUCCCAGUUGUGGCGCUGGCAAGACCUACCAAAGAGCGGACGUGUCUGCACCUGCAGGUGCCUGCUGUAGUUCAGGAAAUACAUUUUCCUGCUCUUGCAAGGAUGGCGGGUCUUACGUUUACGAUCCCCUCUCUUGCCCCGUCCUUCAUCGAAAUAUUCGCAUUACCCCAACCGGUCCGAGAUUCAACCUCUUCUGCAACAUUUCGACUAAGCGCCAGGAAAUAUUCGCUGAGCAAGCGGGCAGUUUCAUUGAAUGUGUUGAUGCCUGUGGAGCAUUAACGGGGUGCGCCGGUGUCGAGUUCAACAGGCUUAGCAAGCAAUGCUCCUUCAAAUCCGAAUUCCUGACUGAGAAUUCUGAAGGUGGCGCCAACAACGAUGUGGAUAGUGCCUCCAUGGAUCCGCCACCACAGUGUCCCGGUGCUGAUGGCCAGAGUCUGACAGUGGGAGGGAUCGAAUAUGAGCUAUUUUGUCACCAUGGGUGGAAGGUAGGUUUGCCAACCAGCCACGUUACAAAGGCGAAAGACGUAUACGAUUGUACUCGACAAUGCACAGAAAAGGGCUCUUCCUGCCAAGGCGCGAAUUACUGGUUCGCAAACAAGGACUGUGUUAUGACAUCUGCCUUUGAGUUCCCACCCACUGGAGGCGAUUCUGCAAAUGCUGUUGUUGGCGCCAUCCCGAAAAAGCAGAAGUAGUCGUAUGAUAGCAGGCAUUUCCAGCCCACAGAAAUUCAAUAAGACCGCGCUCUCUUCGACAAGCGGAUUAGCUAUAGACGUAAAGGCUAUAGUGAAUAAAUACUAGUCUCAUUCCUGAUAUUGGUUUUGACAAUUGUACUUUAUGAUACAAGAGCUUAUGUAUGGCAGAGCGAACGGGAUGCCCAGUUCUCUUGAGUCU